AUGGACAAAGACCCAGGAAAAAAUAAAGACCCACCCAUUGCAACAACAGCAGCAGCUGCUGCUGUGGGUCGAGCCCGUAAUACCAAACUGGACGAUGCAGCACCUGCGCCCAUUCCAGCUGCACGCACGCGGCGCCUAAAUCGCACAGCUGAUGCGUCUUCCUCCGCAUCGUCAGCGUUUGAAACAGCUGCGCCGCACGCCAGCUCUUUUAUUGAGCAGAAGGAGGAGGAGAAUGACGUACUAAGUGAACAGCUAGAGACAUCGACAAUCACGCGCACGUAUACCUCGCAUAAAAUUAUACACCAUUCCACGGAGUUCCAUGAGAGUAGCUCCAGCUCGAGUUCUAUGCAAUAUGUAGCAGAGGAAGAGCUGGAUACGCCGACCACACCGUCACAUCGCUUGCGUCAAAAAGUGGCUGAGUAUGAAAAGGUUUGGUCCUCGGGCGGCAGCCUUAAGCGUUCACCGGACGAAAGCGCUGAAGAGCUUCGUCGCGAAUUUGUGGAAACUACGAAGCCAACUGCAGAGUACACAAGCCAAGAUGCCUUUGGCGCUGCUGAGCCGUUGGAUAAUCCUUUUGAUAUUGAUGUGCUGGAGAUUGAGAAACGUUUGCGUAGGGAACGCCAACGUGGGCUGGCUGAGGCCGAGGCUGCUAAACUGGCAUUCCAACAGGUGCAGCUGCGUCAUACGCCACAAGCAUCGCCGCGUCGCGUGGAAGUGGAGGAAGAUUACACUGCUGUGCCCUUUAAUGUGACACUACGCACGACUACCAAGUUAAGUCCAGGCGAUGAAUCGGGUUAUAUGGGCGCUGAUGAGGCGCCGCCGUUAAGUCCCUUCAAUGUGACACUGCGUACGACGCAUCGCAUAGUGAAGAAGGAUCUCUCGACAAGCGCGCAGCAAUAUGAAGAGACCUCAUCGACUACUAGCAGCCCCUUUAAUGUUACACUACGCACAACAACGCAUCGCGCGCAACAAUUUACUCCCACUACUACUGGUGAUCCGAAAAGCGCAACUGCACAAUUUUUGGAGUCCGAGAAGACAGUGCGUGAGCUGCAUGCUGUCGAUGGUGUACCCACCAUUGUAACAUCGUCCAUGACAAGUGAUGGGCGCAAGCACCAAGAGAAAAUAUUUCGUCACGGUGAAGGCUAUGUGUCACCACGUUGCUCCCCACAGCGCGAGAAUCGCCCGUUCUUUGAGUCCUCGGAAAGCGAGCGUGAAGGUUCCGUGCCACGCUCCUUAAGCGGACGCACAAGCGCGAAGCCACCCCGCUCUGUCGACAUGACAGCGGGUGGUCGCCGUAUACUAAUACGUCUGGAGGAUGAAACUAACGAAUCCAGCACACAUCACGAAAUCUACGACACUACUGACUCGGCGGUGCAAGCGCGCAUACGUCAGUUGGCACACAGUCCAGACGGCGGCGGUGGCCAUGCUUCCGGUACAUUGUAUAACGUUGGGAUGGAAACGUCACCUGGUAACAUUGACAUUACGGUUGGUAGCACGCACCGCCACAACCACCACCAUCACCAGCAGCAGCUUCAUCAACAGCAAACGCAACCGCAACAGUCGGGCCAACGGUAUUACCAACAGCAACGGCAACGGCAGGAACAACAAAUGCAAACCGAAAGCAGUGUAGGCAACAUGGUUAUGGAAACACAAAAACAAAAACAACAAGAGCAAACAUAUCAUCAACAAGCACCAUGGCAAAUGACGGAGUCAACAACAACGCCUCCAGGCAAAGUAGUAAAAAUCAGUACACCAACAGGCGAAACCGCGACAGGACAAAUAGCGACUGGUACGACGCAUACGGCUAGUACAUUAGAGACGAGCCAAUCGCACGGUUCUUCCACGGAAGAAUCGCAACGAGUUGUCAGCAGAAAAAAGAAAACGACAACGACAACAACAACGAAAGUGACCACUAGUAAGCACGCGAGUGAAGAACGUAGUGAAUUAUAUGAGGAACAACAGCGUGAAGUUAAUGCCGGGAAGUCGCCGCGCCCAACCGGUUUAGCUUUAUCCGGUGCGAAUGUGCGUAUCACUGGUACGACGAUUAGACAAUCGAAGGGCGAAAGCUCACUAAGAAGUGAACUAAGUGACGACUCAGAUACGGAGGGUGUGGCUACCAAGGAUCUGGUUAUUGUGCCCACACAUGUGGAGCCAAGCCAGACAUCAGCCGGUGUGAGUCAGAGUCACAAUCCGAGUUCAAGUGCAAGUGCAAUAAAUACACCGACGACAACCCCCUCAACGACAACUGCCAGCAGUACUUUCGGUAAGAGUCUGACAGGACAUCAGACACUACAACAACAAAGUACUCAAGACGAAUACCAAGAAUUCCAAUCCACAAUGGCAGCGAUUAAUUUCGCACGCAGCAACUCCCAAUACGACAGUCAUAUAAGGGAGAAAAGAGGUAAAUUAUAUAAGUUAGCAUCUAGUAAAAAUUUGCGAUUUUUGAAUACAGGAAAAUCUUGA